AUGUUAGCUUUUUGUUUAUAUAAUUUUAAUAUGGGCAAUACCGAUUCCAAAGUUGAUUUUCGCGUAGCCGUUGUUCAACUAACGUCUCGUAGUCAACAAAUUGAGGAUGAAUCAUUUUGGGAUCAGUUUUGGUCAGAUAAAAUCUCUAGUGUGCAAGAUAUCUUUGCAUUAAUACCGGCAGCUGAAAUUCGUGCAUUAAGAGAAGAAACACCAUCAAAUUUAGCCACAUUAUGCAUUAAAGUUGUUGAUCGUCUAGUACAAGCAGCUGAACAUUCCUGUCAAACUCAACGUGAUCAAAGUGCAGCUAUCAAUUGUGUCCGAUUAUUAACGCGUUUAUUACCGUAUAUUUUCGAAGAACCAGAGUGGCGUGGCUUCUUUUGGUCAGAUGUUCCGAGUAAACCAUCUCAAAAUGCACGAAAUGAAAAUGAGGAUUUUGUCAGUAAGCCACCAUUAGCCGAACGCUUGCUUCAAACACUAUCAGAUUUAUUGUUUUGUCCUGAUUUUACCGUUGCAUCGAAGAAAAAGAAAGGCCCUGAAAAUCCAGAAGAUAUACAUACAAUCGAUAGUUGUGAAUAUAUUUGGGAAGCCGGUGUUGGAUUUGCUCAUUCACCUGCGCAUUAUCCACAAAAUGAUCGAAAUCGUGCAGAAAUAUUAAAAUUGCUAUUAACAUGUUUUUCCGAAGCAAUCUAUAUGGCACCGUCAAGUAAUUAUGGUUUCCUCGCAUUACAAACAUUACCAUUAUUUACGUCAUUAUUGAAUAUUGUAUUUUCAUAUGAUCCUGUUGGUUAUUUACCAUAUAAUUAUCUUUUAUUUACUGAUACACGUGAACCAUUAGUUGAGGUUGCUGCCCAAGUGUUAUGUGUUGCACUUGACAGUACAGCAUUUUCAGAUGGCAAUAUAUCAUCGAAUGUAGAAUACACAACACCAACAGUCAAAGCCGUUACUUCUUCAGAUAGUCAGAAAAUGUCUACUUCUAUAAAUUCUUUAUCAUCAACUCCAGACGAAUGUUCAAAUUUAUUUGUCAAUUAUUUGUCAAGAAUACAUCGUGAUGAGGAUUUUGCAUUUUUAUUAAAAGGUUUUUGUCGCUUAUUAAACAAUCCACUAAUACAAACUUAUCUACCUGGUUCAUGUAAAAAAAUUGGUUUUCAUCAAGAACUAUUGAUAUUAUUUUGGAAAUUUUGUGACAGAAAUAAAGUAAGCAGAGUUGGUUUGAUGCAUAUUGGAGUUUUUAUUCUAUUGUUGUUAAGUGGAGAACGAAAUUUUGGUGUAAGAUUAAAUAAACCGUAUCAAACUCGUGUUCCGAUGGAUAUACCUAUUUUUACUGGCACGCAUGCUGAUUUACUCAUUAUUGUUUUUCAUAAAAUUAUUGUGUCCGCCCAUCAACGUCUUCAACCGCUCUACGAUUGCCUCUUAACAAUAAUCGUUAAUAUAUCACCCUAUUUAAAAAGUUUAUCAAUGGUAUCAAGCAAUAAACUUUUGCAUUUACUUGAGGCUUUUAGUUCAUCUUGGUUCUUAUUUUCUGCAGCGGAAAAUCAUCAUUUGGUAUUCUUUCUAUUGGAAGUAUUUAAUAAUUUAAUACAGUAUCAGUUUGAUGGCAAUGCUAAUCUUGUCUACACAGUCAUUCGGAAACGUCAAAUAUUUUUCUCACUUAGUAAUUUGGCAACUGAUUCGCAUUCCAUAAGUAAAUUAUGUUCAAAAACAAACAAUAGUGGCAGUGGCACUAAUACUUCUAGUAAAAAAGACAAUCAUUCACCUCAACAACUAUCGAUGACAACAAUCAAUGCAUUUUCUCCAUCAAGGUCAUCUUUUAGCAUAGAUGGGGAGACAAAAAUUAAUAAAGAGCAACCAACAGAACAACAACAAACAGCUGCAACUACAGGAACUAAUAAUAGCAAUUCCAUGACUACUUCACUAGCUGAAACACCUUCAAUUCAUAAAAUGACUGAACGAACAUUAGCUGCAUCUCCGACCUUUGAUCAUUCUUCACCGUCAGCAUCUCCUAAUCAAACACAACAAACAUCUUUGACUGCAAAUGAAUCUCCAAAUGAAAAUAUAACGGCAUUAUCGGAUGCUAAAACUGAUAAUAGAGCAUUAAAUCAUUCACGUCCAUCAUCACCUUUAUCGAUCGUGAGUCCAGAAGGAAGUAUAAAUGUGGAAUGGACUGCAACGUCGGAAUGGGCACACAGUUGGAAACAAAAAUUACCAUUACAAACAAUAAUGCGUUUAUUACAAGUAUUAGUACCACAAGUUGAAAAAAUAUGUAUGGAUCGUGGUUUAACCGAUGAAGGUGAAAUAAUUAAAUUUCUACAGCAUGAUCCACCGAUAUGGUAUGAUACGGAUGUGAAAUUAUUUGAAAUUCAACGUGUAUAA